UACGACACCGUGUGGGUCCCUGGGCUCUCGCACAGUACGGAAGUGUGCCCCGGCAUACCGGAAGCCGCAAAAAGAACGAUGGCGGGUUUGAAUGUAAGAGAUCCUGCGGUAGAUCGUUCACUACGUUCGGUGUUCGUGGGGAACAUUCCAUAUGAGGCUACUGAAGAGCAAUUAAAGGACAUCUUUUCUGAGGUUGGACCUGUUGUUAGUUUCAGGUUGGUAUAUGAUAGGGAGACAGGAAAGCCAAAGGGUUAUGGCUUCUGUGAAUACCAAGACCAAGAGACAGCACUUAGUGCCAUGAGAAACCUGAAUGGGCGUGAAUUCAGUGGGAGAGCACUUCGAGUGGACAAUGCUGCUAGUGAAAAGAACAAAGAAGAGUUGAAGAGCCUUGGCACUGGUGCCCCUGUUAUUGAGUCACCCUAUGGAGAGACCAUCAGUCCUGAGGAUGCCCCUGAGUCCAUUAGCAAAGCAGUUGCUAGUCUUCCACCAGAGCAGAUGUUUGAGCUGAUGAAACAGAUGAAGCUGUGUGUCCAGAAUAGCCCCCAGGAAGCACGGAACAUGUUGCUCCAAAAUCCUCAACUGGCGUAUGCUUUGUUACAAGCUCAGGUAGUGAUGAGAAUUGUGGAUCCAGAAAUUGCUCUGAAAAUUCUGCAUCGCCAGACAAAUAUCCCAACACUGAUUGCAGGCAACCCUCAGCCAGUCCACAGUGCUGGGCCUGCCUCAGGAUCCAAUGUGUCAAUGAACCAGCAGAAUCCUCAGGCCCCUGGGGCCCAGUCUUUGGGUGGCAUGCAUGUCAAUGGUGCACCUCCUUUGAUGCAAGCUUCUAUGCAGGCUGGAGUUCCGGCACCAGGGCAAAUACCAACAGCUGUAACAGGGCCUGGCCCUGGUUCCUUAGCUCCUGGAGGAGGAAUGCAGGCGCAGGUUGGAAUGCCAGGAAGUGGACCUGUGUCCAUGGAGAGAGCACAAGGAACCCUACAGCACUCGCCCGUGGGACCUGCCGGGCCUGCAUCAAUUGAGCGAGUUCAAGGGCAGAGAACAUGGAUGAUAUGGGCAUCUGUCCGAGGCUGUACUCCCUCCCUACUGGUGUCAGGAGGCUUGGAUGGAAUAGCAGUCUGCAAGGAGACAGCAGUGCCGAUGCAAGACCCCAGAGCAGCUAUGCAGCGUGGGCCCUUGCCUGCCAACAUCCCAACUCCUCGAGGUCUGUUAGGAGAUGCUCCAAAUGAUCCACGUGGGGGCACUUUACUUUCUGUAACUGGAGAGGUAGAGCCUAGAGGUUACCUGGGACCACCUCAUCAGGGUCCACCCAUGCACCAUGUCCCUGGCCAUGACAGCCGUGGCCCACCCCCACAUGAGAUGAGGGGAGGGCCAUUAGCUGAGCCCAGACCUCUAAUGGCAGAGCCCAGAGGACCCAUGCUAGAUCAGAGGGGUCCACCCUUGGAUGGCAGAGGCGGAAGGGAUCCCCGAGGCAUAGAUACACGAGGGAUGGAGGCACGAGCCAUGGAGGCGAGAGGAUUAGAUGCCAGAGGAUUGGAGGCCCGUGCGAUGGAGGCCCGUGCGAUGGAGGCCCGUGCGAUGGAGGCCCGUGCGAUGGAGGCUCGUGUGAUAGAGGCCCGUGUGAUGGAAGUCAGAGGGAUGGAGGCCAGAAGCAUGGAUACGAGGGGCCCAGUCCCUGGCCCUAGAGGACCUAUACCUAGUGGAAUCCAGGGUCCCAAUCCAAUUAACUUGGGGGCAGUUGGCCCCCAGGGAUCCAGACAGGUUCCAGUCAUGCAGGGAGCAGGCAUGCAGGGAGCAAAUAUCCAGGGUGGGGGCCAGCCUGGUGGCUUUAGUCCUGGCCAGAACCAAGUCACUCCACAGGACCACGAGAAGGCUGCUUUGAUCAUGCAGGUUCUUCAGCUGACUGCAGAUCAGAUUGCCAUGCUGCCUCCUGAACAGAGGCAGAGUAUCCUGAUCUUAAAGGAGCAAAUACAGAAAUCCACUGGAGCACCUUGAAAGGUUUUCAAAACUACCUGGCAACAAAUCCAUAAAUUAAUUCUAUAACUUUGUUGAAAUGUUACAAAAAAUGACUUCUACAUCCUAACCCUUGAAUGAUUCAAAUCGGUGCCAGGUGGAGGACUCCCAUCAUAUUCUCUCAGAACAAAACCAGACCAUUCUGCUGUCUUAGUUUGUAUAUUUUCUGUGACUUGAAAUAAACUUUAAACACAAUUUUACUAUACUGCAAA